UUAUUUUAUUCUACUAUACUCUAUCAUGUCAAUCCAUCUCUAUUAUUUCUUCCUUGUCAUCAUCUCUGUUCUCUCUCUUGUGGCUCUCAACCUUCUGUUCCAGUCAAGAAAAUCCAAAAACCUUCCUCCAGGUCCACCUUAUCUUCCCAUAGUCGGAAACCUCCACCAACUCAAACAACCAUUACACCGCUGCUUGUAUGAGCUGUCACAAAAAUAUGGCAAAGUCUUCUCCCUCUGGUUCGGCUCCCGCCUUGUGGUUGUCGUUUCAUCACAAACGGCAGCGCAAGAAUGCUUCUCCAAAAACGACAUCGUCCUCGCAAACCGCCCUUACUUUCUCGUUGGAAAGUACAUCGCCUACAACUACACAACCCUGGUGUCUUCUCCCUACGGCGACCACUGGCGCAACCUCCGUCGCAUCGUGGCCACGGAGGUUCUCUCCACGCAUCGACUCGACUCGUUCUUGGAGAUCCGAAGAGACGAGAUCUUGAGGCUUGUGCAAAAGCUGGCUCUGAAAGCUUCCACCAACGACGAUGACUUUGCCAGAGUGGAGCUAAGUUCCAUGUUCUCGGAAAUGGCGUACAACACUAUCAUGAGGAUGGUUUCUGGAAAAAGAUACUACGGUGAUGAUUGUGACGUCACUGAUGUUGAAGAAGCAAAGCUAUUCAGGGAGAUCAUCAAGGAAUUAAUGGUUUUGGCAGGAGCAGAUAACCCCGGAGAUUUCAUACCUCUGCUUCGUUGGUUUCGUCUUGAUGAUUUAGAGAAAAGGUUAAAGAGGAUUAGUAAGAGAACUGAUUCUUUCUUACAAGGUCUCGUUGAUGAGCAUCGCAGUGGCAUGAGGAACACUAACACCAUGAUUGAUCAUCUUUUAACUCUGCAACACUCCCACCCUGAAUAUUAUACGGAUCAAAUUAUCAAAGGACUUAUUCUGGUAAUUAAUUGAUUCCUCUAUCUUUCAUCUAUUAUUCAUUGCUUAAAGUGCUUGAUACAUAUAAAAUCUCUUUAUCGAACCAUUUAUUAGAUAACGGCGAGGUCUAUGGUGUAGAUAUCAUAAAUUAUCUACAUGUAUAGAAGUAACAUUGUUAUAGUUUUUUUAGUGACACCUAGUUCUAUUUUUUCUUUUUUACUUUUCUAUGACAGCAGUCAUAUCAAUGACACAUUGCAAUUUCAGGUUUUUAUCUCCUUAAAAAUAUAUAAUUAGCAGUACUAUUAAAUUAGUAAUCAAAGAGUUUUUGACCAAAUAUACUGAGCCAACUUUUUAAUUAUAUCUCAUAUACUUAAGCCUUGUUAUGGUCUAUUUUUUUUAUUUUUUUUAAUAAUGCAAUAUAUUUUUUUUGAACCGUUUAUUUUUUUUAGAACAUUGUUUCUUUCUUCUUUAACACUUUUAGUUAUGAUAAAUUAAAUAAAUUACAAAAAGUUCUUAGGUGGUAGAUCUUAAUAUAAUUAAUAUUCGUGACUUUUUGGUCUUCAAAUUUUGUGUUGAGGAUAGUCUAUAGAUAUUUUUAAAUAACUUAUUUAUAAACAGUGGCGGAGCUUUGUGAGGGCAAGGGGUGGCCAUGGCUCCCCAAAGUUUUUGUAAAAAUAUUAGUAAUUCUAUUUUAAAAAAAAAUAAAAUUAUCUUAUUUGAUUAAAUUGAUAUACUUUUAAAUUUUAACUUAUGUAUUUGAGUUUUAUGUCCAUCUUCAGCAUUCUUUCAAACUUUUUACUUUAUCCUAUUUGACAUAACAAAUAGCAUAUCUU